GAAUCGAUUGGCGUUUGAAAAAAUCAAUUUUGAAACAGUGGCGGCUAAUCUAACGCUAUUUUUUGCUUCGUUUGUUCGUCAAAAAAUAUUAUCAAACAAACAUUUAAAUUAAUCAAACAUUCAUAAACUAAUGACAAACAAUCAUAAUUAAUUUUAAAAAAUUGCAAAAGUUAAAAUCGAGGGGCUAAUUUUAUAUAGCUAGUGCGUUAAUUUAAUUGGAAAGCCCACACACACUGUAAUGUCGGUAGUGGUAGUGCCAUAGCCAUAGUGCUGAAUUUUUGUUAAAAGUAACACAACCUCAAAUCAUACAUUCAUAUAAUUCGGAUAUUUGAACUUAACAUUGGUAACCUAACGGGAUAGUAGUCGUAAAAAUAAUUUUGAAAUUUGUUAAAGUCUAUUGCUGUUUUAUACUAAUUCUGAGCAAAACUGUGGCUGUUAAAGACAGAAAAAACCUGUGCUCGAACAGUUGAUAUCGUUCCACGAUGAUAUUUUCGUGUUACACAAAUGCUUUUCGCAGCUUCGAAAAAACAUUUCAGUUGAACAAAAUGCUUGUGACAAAAACCAGAAGAUAUAACGCGAAAAGUAAUUGGUUCUAUAGUACCAAUGAAAGAACAUUGAAUUCAACGAGAACAAUUACAUCCGCGAAAGAUCGGAACGUCAUAGCAGCUACCGCUGCAAUACAAUCUGGUAAAAAACCAGACAUCGAUUCGAUUGACGAGGGAUUUGGAAGUAAUCUGUUUACGAGCGACGAUAAUCGUUGUUUCGAGAUUGAAGAUAACAACAAGUAUGAUAAAGUUAAAAUACCUGGUGUACUGAAUCCCUGUGACAAAGAUUUAUCUGAUUUAGCACCAUGGACAACAGGAUCGUUUAACUUUGCAGCAUACGCGAACGACUCGAGCACAAUCCAAGAAUUAGCAAAACUCGGUGUUGAUCUACACAAAGUGGAAAAGCGUACUCAAGCAAUGGAACUUUUAUUGAAAUUCCAUUUCAAUGAAAUGAAACCUUACAUAAGAUUUUUAUACGACUGUGGGAUAAAAUCAAAUAACUUAGGACUUUUCAUCACCAAAAAUCCUUAUAUUUUCAGUCAAACGAUUGAAGACAUGACCAUCCGUAUCAGAUAUCUUAGAGCCCACAAAUUUAAUCCAGCAAUGAUAGAACGAAUAGUAGAAAAAAAUCCGUUCUGGCUCAUGUACAGUACUAAAAGGAUCGACUGUAGGCUCGGCUAUUUUCAACAAGAGUAUGAUUUGAGUGGUUUUAAUAUUCGUUACCUCGCUACCAAGCAACCAAGACUGAUAACCUACAGUUUCCAAAAGUUACAAGAAAUUCAUUUUGCCAUGAAGGAAGAAAUGGGUUUCAGUCCAGAAGAAAUGAAGAUUCUCCUCCUUGACAAACCUAGGAUCUUCAUGAAAAAUAGGAAACAACUCGUCGAACUGUUCGAUUACGUUCACAACACGAUGAAACUGCCGCACGAAAUAAUUGUGAAACAAGCUAUGAUGUUGACCUGCCGCAUAGAGAGAAUUCGAUCACGACACGAGUAUCUCCGGGCACUGGGCAAAGUACAAUACGACCCGACGCAACCGAUGUAUGUUUCACCCACCGCACUCAUUGCUGGUACAGAUCUGGAUUUUUGUCGCAACGUUGCAAAAACAACUAUUGAAACAUACGACUUGUUUCUUAAAACUCUGUAAUAUGAUAGAAAAGAAGCUUACAUAUUCAAAAUUUGUAAAUACAUUUGCACCUCCAGAUAUUUUUUGGAUAACUUUGACCGCAAAAUGUUUCCUACAUUUCGUUCUUUCCACCUCUAGAAUCUGUUAAAAACCUUGGAAAAAGUAAAAAUUACUCAAGUAUUAAAAGUUCGUAACUUAAUUUGCAACAUAUUAAAAAAAAAAAAAAUGAAUUGCAAAUGUGAACGAAUGAAUCUUUAAAAAAGAAAUUGAAUAGAAAAUUCUAAUUACAUGGGACAUUUUCACUCUGAAUUGAUGAAUUACACUUGCCGAAAAAUAAUAAAAAUCGUCACCACUGCUUGCAGUUAAAAAUGAGAAACUUUCGAUUAAUGCCUGCAUGGUUUAGUAUUACCGACUGUACAUCGUUAUUUAUUGCGAUUGAUCAGAGUUCUGACAGUUCCUCUGGACCGCCGUUGAAUUGCAAAAUCAAUACAUAAAUUUGGUGUGCAUGGUUAAGUAAAAAAGCCCCGGAAGAUACCUAAUCAAGAGACGCGGUAGCGGCUAGAUGCCAAGUAUUAAAAGAAAAACUACCUCGUAAAAGAAGAGCCAAUGCGAGCCCUGCUGCACUCUUAUACGCGAAUACGCCGGUUUUAUGACGUCAAAGCAUUUGCAAAGGGCCCUCACGAACAAACCGUUUAAUUAAAGAAUCUGAAAAUUGA